AGCAAACCGCCCGUGCCCCUAUAGCAUGAUUUUAUACUAUUGGAGUAUUAAUUCUCCAUCGUCAAGUACCGGAGAGAGUCAAUAUCUAAAGAAACAAACUUCUCUGCAGCAGCUGCAGGACUAUAUACCACUUUUCAGUCACUCUCCAUGGUCAAGUACUGCACUCCCACGUUUAGUAAUAACCUCUCAAAAGUUAGCCUCUCCAUCAUCCCCUGCGCUGCUCCUCAAAAUCUGCUUUCCAUUGCAGCAGACACAGAGAACCCAAAUUAAAGGCAAAGAAGGGAAAAAAAAGAUGAUAAGUUUCAGCGAUCUAUACUGUGUCUUAUCUUCUGUUGUUCCUCUCUAUGUCACCAUGUUCUUGGCUUAUGCUUCCGUAAAAUGGUGGAACGUCUUCACGCCCGACCAGUGUGCUGGGAUCAACAAGUUUGUCGCUAUCUUUGCUGUCCCACUUCUCUCGUUCGAGUUCAUUUCUCGGAUAAAUCCAUACAAGAUGAAUCUCUUGUUCAUCGCUGCUGACAGUGUAUCCAAAGUUGUAAUUCUGAUAGUGUUGUUUUCUUGGGCUAAGUUGUCUAAGAGAGGGAGUCUGGACUGGGUCAUCACCCUCUUCUCGCUCUCCACCCUCCCGAACACUCUUGUCAUGGGCAUUCCACUUCUGAAAUCCAUGUAUGGAAGUGACAAGGAAAAUCUGAUGGUCCAGGUGGUGGUUUUACAGUGUAUAAUUUGGUAUACUUUGAUGUUGUUUUUGUUUGAAUAUAGAGAAGCAAGGAUUCUGGUACUGCAGAAAUUUGAUGGUGGUGAUAACACUGAGAAGCAUGGAGAAGAUGUAAGUUCAGCUCAGAAGGUCCGAAGCAGUAGCAGUGGUAGUGCUGGUCUUGAUCAAGAUGAGGUUGUUCAUGUGAUUGUAACUAGACCAAGUUCUGGAUCUCCACAAUCUGAUACACAGAGUACUCUCCAGAACUUGAACAAAGUGGCACCUGAUUCCAGGCGAUUCAACCAAAUGUUUGCAACAGCAGCGGCAGCUGCAGAAGACGGUAAAGAGCUACACUUGUUCAUUUGGAGAUGCGGAUGCUGCAGUUCUGAAGGUGUCCCUGAGCAGUCUGUUGAAGUUUCUACUAGAGAAGAAGCAAAUGACAACAAAGGGAAGAGCACCAGAGAGGCUGAUGAAAAGUCACAAGUUCUACAGGCUCCUGAUGACCAUUCUUCCAACAUGUCCUCAGUGAUGUUUAAGCUGAUCUUGAAAAUGGUGUGGUUUAAGCUCAUCAAGAACCCAAAUUCUUAUGCAAGCUUACUGGGCCUAAGCUGGGCUCUAGCUUCUUGCAGGUGGAGUUUUAAGAAACCCCAAAUCAUAGAAAACUCUGUCACAAUCUUGUCAAAUGCAGGCCUUGGAAUGGCAAUGUUUAGCCUUGGUCUGUUCAUGGCGCUUCAACCAAGAAUUAUCGCCUGUGGAAAUAGAUUGGCAGCAUAUGGGAUGCUCAUGAGGUUUGUGGUUGGACCUGCUGUAAUGGCAGUUGCUUCUAUAGCUGUUGGUCUUAGGGGAACGGUACUGAGAGUUUCCAUUGUUCAAGCUGCCUUGCCACAAGGAAUAGUCCCUUUUGUGUUUGCAAGGGAAUAUAAUUUACACCCAGAUGUAUUAAGCACAGCGGUUAUCUUUGGGAUGAUAAUCUCACUGCCCAUUACAGUACUAUAUUACGUCUUCCUUGGUCUCUGAUACAAUGCUCAAAUGCUGAAAAGUCAGUUUUGACAAAAUCCUGGGUUCAACUGAUCUCAACAAGUAGGCACAUGAUAAUUUCAAACAUCAAGAUUACAAUCAAUUGAGAUCCUGAAAUACCAAGCAAAGAUUCGUAUACCCAUCAAUUGGGAUCCUGAAAUACAAUCAAUUUCCUGGGUUUCAG